AGAAAACCUAGAGAAAAUAUUUUAGACUUGAAUCAAUAUAUUUCUAAACAAGUUUUGGUUAAAUUUAUCGGAGGUAGAGAAGUUUAUGGUACACUGAGAGGAUUUGAUAAUAUGAUUAAUUUGGUUUUGGAAGAUUGCUAUGAAUUUAUUAGAGAUUUACAAGAUCAUCACAAUAGACAAACCGAUGAAAAUAACAAACAAUAUGUAAGAAAGCUAGGAAUUGUAAUUUGUAGAGGUACCUCACUGAUGCAUUUGUGUCCUGUCGAUGGUACAGAAGAAAUUGAAAACCCUUUUGAAGAUAAUGAAGAU